AUGCCUAGUACAACACUUGGUUUUUGCUUCACUAUAGCGGCGAUUUUUAUUGAUGUUCUCAACUUAGGUGAACAAUUAUGUAUCUAUUUUCUACAAGAAGUAGAAGAAAUGGACGAAAUGAAAGAACGUCAAUUUUUCUUCAUUAUUCUGAGUAUAGGUGCAAUUAAUCUAUUUAAGUCAAUGUUUCCUAAUGAACGAAUUAAAACAGGAAUUUCAUUUUUGAUUGAAAUUGGCGAACUUCUUUCUUAUUUACUGGUUCUUGAACGUACAUUGGCAGUAAUAAUUAUUUCAUCAACAUUCUUUGGACUUCAAUUUGUUUGCUAUAUUAUCACGUUUUCUUUGAUUAAAUCAGAUGAUGAAACACCGAUGCCGGAAGAUCAACUAAAAGAAUUUGUAUAUCGUGUUUGUAUCUAUAUUUUUAUCAAUCAUGGUCCAUUAUUUACAUUAUUUCUCAAUUCAGAUUCUCGAUUUCGUCAAACACCUUACGAAGUGUCUCUAAUCAUUGCGAUCUUUUUAUGCAGUGUCAUAUACGAAGUUUCGACGGAAUACCGAUUCCUUAUGAAUAUAUGGACGAAUCGAAUGGAAGUUGAAAAUCAAACUGAUCAAGCCUCAUCAGCACGUCCUGAUUUUAGAGAAGUUAAGAAAAAUAGUAAUGCUAUUGAGCGUCGUUGGGCAAUUGGAAAUUAUCUAGUUUCUCAGAUAUUUAGCUUCUUUUACAUGAGUAUUUUGACGGCUGUUUUAGCAAGCUUAGAACUAACAGAAAAAGGUUCUCAGCUACCAUCCUAUGAUCGAGGUAUAUGUAUCUUGUUUCUUGUUAGCACUUCAUUUGCUCUUCUGCUUGGUCCAUGUUUAUGCUUUUGUCCAGUUAUCUUCAUUUACGGUUGUUGCCCUAAACUAGAGUACGGCGGUUCCAAAAAAGAACCGGAACCGGAACCGCGGUUCCGAUUCGAUUCCGGCCAGCAGAAAUGA